CAGACUUGAAACCGUAGUAAAUCUUGAUCAAGUUUUUCCAAGGACAUCAAGUGCAGAGGUAUCAAUAAAUCUUGAUCAAGAAUUUUCAAGAAAAAAAAUCUUUAAAGAACUUGUGCAGAUUUUCUCCUUCUGCAAGACGUGGGAAAUUUAGUCCAAACAUUACAUUAGAUAACUGACUAUUAUACGUGUUUAAGAGUGGGAGAUAUUACUUGAGUGGGAAGAUAUUACUGUUCCCAUCAAGCGCACUCGUUAAGUCAUCAGUAUCAUGUGAUUGCUUGACUUAGCUCUGAUAGCAUCGAUAAGGAUAUUCAAUUCAAUUCAGUUCAAUUAAUAAGAAGUAAAAGAGAAGAAAAAAAACAUUUGUGGAAAUAAAAGUAAUUUUCAGUUUUUUCGGAGCUGAUAUCCCUCUGAUUCAGGCCUGAUAAAAAUACUUAGCUGAUUGAACUUUUCAGACCGAGCUGAUCGUCGAUUACUGAUUUGAAUGCAGGUUGUUUUCCGCUAGCCGUCAAAGAUAGCCGUCAGAAGCCACUUUCUAGAUGAAAAGACGUAGAAAGUAACUCAUGACGGCUAUCUUUGACGGCUAGCGGAAAACAACCUUGAAUGCAUCGGAUAUUAGAGGAUCUUUAGUACAUUUGCUCUGAUAGGUCAUCAUCCCUGACAAAAACAAUUGGUUGACGCAAUUUUUCACAAUGUCCUAUGAUAAUGAAUUAUGAAUUUUUCUCCUGAAAUUUAACUUUUAGGCAGCAGGUAAUGAUCUUGACUUUGGGAGAGAUUUUGCCUAUUUUCUCAACUUAGACUCCUGAGGUGUAAGAGUCUGUGCAACUCACUCUCUAUAAAAAGUGAUUAAUAAUUCAGAAACAUGGCUAUAAAGUCUGGUAAAUCGGCUCUAAAAUGCUUCUGGGAUUAGGUGUCGCUCUUUUUUAUUAUAUUAAAUCACUUAGACCGUUAAAAACUAACGAUAAAAUGUUUGUUAAGUGGUAAUUUCUGUUAACCAAUAAGAAAGAAGAAAUACUAUCCUUUGUUAGAUAGAAAAGCAAAGAAAAGAAACAGAAAACAUUAUAACAAUAAUGAAAUUUAGGCAUUCUUUUAGUUUCGAAGCUCCUACAAACACUUUUAGUUGUUUCAACGGAGCUAAACAGCUAAAAGUAUUAUGCGGAUCAUUCUGUUAACCCUUUCCAGCCUGAUGGUGCUAUUUGGCAACACUUUUUGCUGUGUUUUCGAAACAGCCGGCUGGAAAGGGUUAAUAAUUCUUCCAAGUGUUUACCGAUUUUGCUUUUCUUAUGUCGAUCGAGAAGAGUUUUUGAUUUCCUUUUAGUCAGCAUGCAGAAAUCAUCAUCAUUCUAUCCUUCUAACGUGCGUUUCUAAAAGGAACUUAAGUCAAACCUAAGUGGGUUUCUUAAAAAACCCUAAGUUAGGCAGAGGUCAUGCAGUAAAAGCCAUGCGUAUUUUUAUACAACUUAGGUUAUUUUACAGCAAUUUUUUGAAGAAAAUCUCUGGAAAAUCAUGUUCUGUCUAAUUAUGAUGGGUAGGAUGGGCUACAGACUUUCAAUAAAGAAGUUACAAAAUUUAAAUGAUUUUCUACUUAAAAGUUUAAGCGAGAUCGAGCGGUGACUUAAGUUAAGCAAUGUUUGAGAAACAUACUUAGCUAAAAAGUUUGACUUAAGACGAAUUUUUCACUUAAGUUUUGCUGAAGUUUUUUUAAGAAACUGGUCUCGACUCCCUAACCGAAACUCUGCAGCCAACACAACGAUCUUAAAAGAUCUGAGAAAUCUGAAGUGUGUUUGGGCAGAAUCAGUAUGUAUUUGUAGAGCUUCACGGUUUCCACCGUAUGCUGACCAUUGUUACGUUGAACAAUGUUUUUAGUUUUAGAUAUUUGACGGUAUGUCUUAUCCAUUUCUUGAAAUAUUGUUUGAUAAAAAUAAAGAUAAAAUUGAUUCGAAAGACGAUGCAUUGAUACUGUUUACACACUGGUGCUUAGUAUCUCAUGGAUUUCAACGUCUAAAUGGAAACCAAAAAACAGAAUUACUUCCGUCGGAUUGGACAAAUCGUCCAGAUAAUUCAAUUACAAUGGAAUACACAAAAAAUGAUAUUGGAUAUAAUUUGAGAUUAUUCGAUGUCGAAGGACGUAAUAAACAAGGUCGUCACGUUGAAGUUAGUUUUAGCGUGAAUGAUCAUGUACAUGAUAAUUUCAAAGAAUUUCAUUCCGCUUACAAGAAUUUAAAUGAUUUGAAAAAAGAAUUUCAUGAAAAAAUUGAUUCGCUAACUAAUGGUGGCGGCACGGGUACAACCGACUCAAGUGUCGAGUUAAAAACCACUCAAGCAUCUCAACAACAGCAGGGAUCAUCAUCAUCAUCAAAUCAAGGAGGAAGAAUUGGAGGACACCAACCUCAACGACAACAACCAGAUAUUGAUCCAUUAAUUGAUCCACUAGCGGCCAGAAGAUAUGUUCCAUUCGGAGGAGCAUGGCCUGGCGGAAUGGGUGGUGGAUACGGAAGUUCAGAUUUAGAUCCAUUUGGACGUUCGAAUAGAAUGGGAGGAAUGCACAUGGAUCCUAGAGUUUUUCAACCUCGACCACCUGGUGCUCGUUACACUCCGCCUGGUCCACUGGCACCAGAUCCAUUUCAAGAACCAAAUCCGGAUCAUUUACGUCCACCUUAUCAUGGUUUAGAUGAUAUGUACAAUUAG